CCAAAGCGCAGCGCGGGAGAGUCUGCGAUGUCAGAGAACGGCUCCUUCGCCAAUUGCUGCGAGGCCGGCGGGUGGGCAGUGCGCCCGGGCUGGUUGGGUACUGGCAGGGCGCAACCCUCCAGGACCCCUCGACCUCCUUGGGUGGCUCCCGCGCUAUCCGUGGUGCUCAUCGUCACCACCGCCGUGGACGUUGUGGGCAACCUCCUGGUGAUUCUCUCCGUGCUCAGGAACCGCAAGCUCCGAAACGCAGGUAAUUUGUUCUUGGUGAGUCUGGCGUUGGCUGACCUGGUGGUGGCCUUGUACCCCUACCCGCUAAUCCUCGUGGCCAUCUUCUAUGACGGCUGGGCCCUGGGGGAGGAGCACUGUAAGGCCAGCGCCUUUGUGAUGGGCCUGAGCGUCAUCGGCUCUGUCUUCAACAUCACUGCCAUCGCCAUUAACCGCUACUGCUACAUCUGCCACAGCGUGGCCUACCACCGAAUCUACAGGCGCUGGCACACCCCUCUGCACAUCUGCCUUGUCUGGCUCCUCACCGUGGUGGCCUUGCUGCCCAACUUCUUUGUGGGGUCCCUGGAGUACGACCCACGCAUCUAUUCCUGCACCUUCAUCCAGACGGCCAGCACCCAGUACACGGCAGCAGUGGUGGUCAUCCACUUUCUCCUUCCCAUCGCUGUCGUGUCCUUCUGCUACCUGCGCAUCUGGGUGCUGGUGCUCCAGGCCCGCAGGAAAGCCAAGCCAGAGAGCACGCUGUGCCUGAGGCCCAGCAACUUGCGGAGCUUUCUAACCAUGUUUGUGGUGUUUGUGAUCUUUGCCGUCUGCUGGGCCCCACUUAACUGCAUCGGCCUUGCUGUGGCCAUCAACCCACAAGAAAUGGCUCCCCAGAUCCCUGAGGGGCUAUUUGUCACUAGCUACUUACUGGCUUAUUUCAACAGCUGCCUGAAUGCCAUUGUCUAUGGGCUCCUGAAUCAAAACUUCCGCAGGGAGUACAAGAGGAUCCUCUUGGCCCUUUGGAACCCACGGCACUGCAUUCAGGACUCUUCCAAGGGCAGCCAUGCAGAGGGGCUGCAGAGCCCAGCUCCACGCAUCAUUGGUGUGCAGCACCAGGCAGAUGCUCUCUAGCCUGGAUCUGAGGCACACCAGCUGCACGACAAACUCAUGAAAUGGUGGGAGUGAGUCUGCUGCAAGGGUGAGACCAGGCAGCGUGCUGGACCACACUGUCCUGUUGGCAUCACAGCCCCAAGGCUGGGGGAACUUCAUGCUGGGACAAGGAGCUCAUCAGUGCCAUGGGUUCAGGCUGAUCCAGGAGAUGCUCACAGCCACGGGACCUGGCAAACACUCUUGGUGGUGUCUUGGGGACUUGGUGCACACAAGACCAAGGAAGGGACAGAAUGAGGAAAGGCCUGGGGCAGAAGAGCCCAACUCCUUCUCAUAGGUGACCCUCAUCCUCCUGCCUUGGCCUCCUGGCUACUUUCUCCCCUUCCCCCAGGCGUGGCAGGAUCUCUUCCUGUUAGCAAGGAUGAAAGAGAGAGGUCAGUAGGGCUGGAACUUGGUAACUCUGCAAGGGCCUCAGGUGGGGCAAGUGCAGAGGGCAAGCAUUCCAUACUCCCCCAUUGACCUUCCUUACACACACACACACACACACACACACAUAUCACACACACACAUCACAACCACACAUGCAUCACACCACAGACAUACCACACUAUGCACACAUAGCCACCAUACUCCACACUGUACACAUACAUGUUACACACACAUAGCCACCACAUCACAAACAACACUGCACACACACACACUCACACUUCUCCAGCAUCUGGAGCACAAAGUCUGUUUGGCCUCCCUUCCUGGUUCCAUCAUGUUCAGGUCGUGGGAUUUGGGGAAAAUCUCUUAACCUCCCUGUUCCUCAGUUUACUCAUCUUAAAGUGAGGAUCGUGCCAUAGUCAGCCUCCCAGGUUGUUGUGAGGAUUCACUGGGAUAAUACAUCUGCAGAACUGAGGACAGUGUCUGACAUGUGGCCAGCACCCAGUAAUUAUUAGCUUUUGUUAUUAUAACUACAUAAAAUGAAGGAGGAAAGUCAUAUACAAAGAAAGGAAGGGCUAUCACCGGGCGCGGUGCCUCACCCCUGCCUUGGCUUGAACCCAGGAGUUCAAGACCAGCCCGAGCAACAUGGCA